AUGGACAAGAAGGCGCUCCAAGCGGCGCUCAAGCGCAAACUUGCUGCCAAGAAGAAGACCACCAGUGGCCAGUCUGGGAGAAAAUCUGGAGGCGGGAAGUCGGGAAAGUCUGGCAAGGGAAAUGGAUCGUCGAUGGUGAAGCGGAGGCGUGUGGAUGAGGCCGGAAUGGGCCAGGGGCCGCCGGUCAAGAUGCGCAAGCCGCGGAAUGAGGCGAAAGCUGCAAGCGCCGCCCCGGCGCCAUCAGGCAAGGCCAAGGCCAAGGCCAAGACCAAGGGCAAAGGCAAAGGCAAGGGCAAGGGCAAGGGUAAGGGUAAGGGCACGGAGCUGGCGAUGGCAUCGGCGGGGAGCUCAGGCGGGGAGGAUAUGCCGCUGUUUUCCUCAAUGCUUCCGCCGGCUCAGAUGGAGGCGCAGCACGCGGAUACCAAGCUGAUGAAGGGAGCGCGGUUCCGGUGGCUCAACGAGCAACUGUACACCCGGCCGGGAGAUGAGUCGUUCAAGAUCUUUUCGGAGGAUACCUCGCUGUUCGAUGUGUACCACGCAGGCUUUGCCGCGCAGGUGGUCAAGUGGCCGGCCAACCCGGUCGACGUCAUUAUCAAGUGGCUCAACAAGCUACCGGAAGAGCUUGUCAUCGCCGACUUUGGCUGUGGCGAGGCCAAGCUUGCGGCUUCGGUCCGCCAGCCCGAGGUCUACUCGUUUGAUCUUGUUGCUGCCAACGAGUCGGUCAUUGCCUGCGACAUGGCCAACACGCCGCUGCCGGACGAGUCGAUCCACGUUGCAGUCUUCUGCCUCUCGCUUAUGGGCACCAACGUCAUCGACUUUGUGGCCGAGGCCUCGCGUGUCCUAGUUGUCAAGGGCAUUCUCAAGAUUGCCGAGGUCAAGUCGCGCAUUCCUUCGAUCGACACCUUUGUCAACUCCAUCUGCUCGCUCGGCUACAAGCUGGAGGCCCGUGACGAGAAAAACACCAUGUUUGUCAUGCUCGACUUCCGCAAGCUCUCCAUGCCUUCUCACGCACAGCUGAGCAAGGCUGCCAUCACGCUCGAGCCGUGCCUGUACAAGCGCCGCGGGUAG